AUAGAGAGUUUUUAGGUUAACUGGAGCCAAAUAUUAUACCUGCUAACUCUUAAAAAAACCCUUCCGCGUCCGCAUGGCUGUGGCCCUCUUGACCCCUGCGCGCGGCGUCGGUGCAGCGGCCGGACACACUCACCCAGGGCACGCUUCUCCCGUCUCUCGCCGCGCGCGCCCAAAGCUGAAAAGCAGAAGACAACGCGGGAGGCGGGUCAGGUCUCCGGGUCCAGCGAAUUCGCGAUUUAUCCGGUGUCAGCGCUGGGGCCGGGUCUGCGGAAGAACUCCUUAACUUUGGCCAUCCCGGACCGGAGUAGGGAGGGUGAACAGCGCCUAGCUCUGUCUGGAUGCCUAGGGCGGCGCGCUCCAAGUCACUCCGUCUGCGCUCCGGGGAGAUUUCUCAUCGGACUUCCCUGGGCCCUUUAACUGUGGCGUUUCCACUUUCGGCCACCGGCCCUUUCCCACCCAGGUCUUUCUAGCGUGGGAAGUCACCGACGAGUACCCAUGAAGGCUGAUGAGGUACAGAAUUUUAGCAGGGACGAUCAGCACUGGAUUCGCGGCCCAGUGCGAAGGCCGGACCGGAGGACCUGUGCGUGGCUCGAGGGAAACCUGUCCUGGGUUCUGGUACACACACAACCUGCGAUCUGGGCUGGAUCUGGCCAGGUAGAGAGACCUGGCUGUGUCCAAGGCGCCGUCCAAGCCUUCCGGCAGUGGGCCGGACGGAUCGGGGCGCCUUUACGCACCGUGGCCACUUGGGGUCGCACUUUAUGCCUGUUUGAGCCUCUCCGCCUCUGGCUGACGCCGGCAUCUGCUUAAUCGUUACAAAACGUUCAAACAAAAACAGGGCCCGUUCCCCAGCAGCCCAGAGCCACUCGGAGCACCGUCCUGGGCCGGCCUCCGCCCGAGCUUCAGGGCGCUCACGGUUCCGUGAGUCCCACGGUGUAAAGGGAUUCAGAGCCUUUUGGAGGAUUCUUUCCCAGUUGCCUUCACCGUGAGCUUUGGGGGUGGGGUGAGCGCGGGAGCGGCGGGGCCCAAGGAGUCGAAUCUCAGGGCUCGACCACCGCCCCCGCUAGGAGGGGAACGGCUGUCUCCUGUACGGCGAAAGGUCCCCCUGAGGUGAAGAGUUGUGUCUGAACAGAACUCUCCGAGCUCCAUUCCCGCCCUUCCCAACACACAAAUACGCGCAGACCUCCAGAAAAGCAGGCAAUUACGACCCACACUCGAACGGCCAGAAGCCGAGGACACACAGAGCUUCGCCCACUAGGCGGGGGCCGCUGGGGAACAAAGGGCCAGGGAGGCGUUGUCCUGGAGCUCAUUCUGAGUCUACUUGGGGGUGACACUGACUGGGGAUGGGGGUGCAAGGGGCAUCGAGAAAGGAGAGCGGGCGAGGGAGUGGAAGUGGUGGCGGCUUGGCCCGGAGGUGGGGCGCGCACGGAAGGCGAGAGUGCAGGGGCCGGGACCUGGAGAGUGUGGGGGGUUGGGCCCAGGCCGUCCGUCCCACUCUGCUCUAGCUCCCCGCCAGGCCUCCGUUGCACCCGGGCAGCUCGGACCGCCAGUCAGCUGACGCGAGGGGCGGGGGAGCUGUCAGGCGCGCCCCGCCCUGCGCCCUGGGCCGCCGAGACGUGCAGCUAUUGGCCAGCACGCCGGGCAGCCGGGGCCCCCGCGCCCCUGUGACAUCAGAAGGCGAUAAAAGGCAGCAGCGGCGCCGGAUCCGGUACAGCUGCACAGCCAGGCUGCGAGCGGCUGCAAGCGAGAGAGCUUAAGCGCAAGAGAGCUAGAGAGCGAGCGGCGGGCACUCGCCCUACGCCUCCCCUCCGCCCCACCGCGCGCCCGGCUUGCUCCUCCACCCCGCCCGGCUCGACCCGGCUCGGUCCCGCUGCAGGCAUAGCCCCGAGCUCCGGGGCGGUGCAGGCAGACUCGGGACUCUCCGGCUCGCCUCCGCGUCCCCAGACAAAGGCUUGGCCAGCCGCCCCGGCCCACUGCGCCCUCGGCUCCCCGCCUCCCCGGCUCGCCGCUCUUCGCCCCCGCGCUUGGCUCGGCGCGCCCCGGCCGGCCGCAAAGUUUCCCGGGCGGCAGCGGCGGCUGCGCCCCGCGUCAGCGAUGGCCGCUGACCUGAGCAUGGGGCCAGAGCUGCCCACCAGCCCGCUGGCCAUGGAGUACGUCAACGACUUCGACCUGCUCAAGUUCGACGUGAAGAAGGAGCCUCUGGGGCGCACGGAGCGUCCGGGCAGGCCCUGCACUCGCCUGCAGCCGGCCGGUUCCGUGUCCUCCACACCGCUCAGCACGCCGUGCAGCUCGGUGCCCUCGUCGCCCAGCUUCAGCCCGACCGAACAGAAGACCCAUCUCGAGGAUCUGUACUGGAUGGCGAGCAACUACCAGCAGAUGAACCCCGAGGCGCUCAACCUGACGCCCGAGGAUGCGGUGGAGGCGCUCAUCGGCUCGCACCCAGUGCCACAGCCGCUGCAGAGCUUCGACGGCUUCCGCGGCGCGCACCAACACCACCAUCACCAUCACCACCAUCCUCACCCACACCACGCAUACCCGGGAGCCGGCGUAACCCACGACGAGCUGGGCCCCCACGCGCAUCCGCACCACCAUCACCACCACCACCAAGCGUCGCCGCCGCCGUCCAGCGCUGCCAGCCCGGCGCAACAACUGCCGACCAGCCACCCAGGGCCCGGGCAGCACGCGGCAGCCUCGGCGACGGCGGCGGGAGGCAGUGGCAGCGUGGAGGACCGCUUCUCCGACGACCAGCUCGUGUCCAUGUCGGUGCGCGAGCUGAACCGUCACCUGCGGGGCUUCACCAAGGACGAGGUGAUCCGCCUGAAGCAGAAGCGGCGGACCCUGAAGAACCGGGGCUACGCCCAGUCGUGCAGGUAUAAACGCGUCCAGCAGAAGCACCACCUGGAGAAUGAGAAGACACAGCUCAUUCAGCAGGUGGAGCAGCUUAAGCAGGAGGUGUCCCGGCUGGCCCGCGAGAGAGACGCCUACAAGGUCAAGUGCGAGAAACUCGCCAACUCCGGCUUCAGGGAGGCGGGCUCCACCAGCGACAGCCCCUCCUCUCCUGAGUUCUUUCUGUGAGUCGUGGCGGGUCCUGGUCCCCGCCCUUGCCCCAGCCUGGACUCCCCGUCCCGUGUCCCCAGUCCCGGACUCCCCUGGACCCCGUCCCUACCGCGGCCCCGGCCUUGACCUGUUUGACUUGAGCCAGAGGGAGGAAGGGCGCGCGCGGGCGGGCAGGGGACCUUGGCUAAGGCAAGAGUAGCGCACGCCAGCGCUGCCUCCUAGACUUGAGCCAGAGAGAGACGAGGGCGUGGGAGGUGCGGGAGCAACUUUUCUCCAGGUUGGAGGGCGGCGAGGUAUAGUCCCCACGAGUCCCAAGGCGGUCCGGAGACUCCAAGAGGCUUUUCUGAACUUUGCGCGUUAAGCCUGGGCCACUGCUUUGCCGCCCAGAGCGCAGCCGGCCCCAGGAAGAGAGCAGCAAAGAGAGGAGAGGAGAGGGACUCUGGCGUCCCGGCAGGCGCGAGGCGAGCUGAGCAAAGGAAGGACAGACGGACCUGUCCAUUCAGAGUCCAGAGAACACUGGCUCUCAGCCCGGAGACACGGGCCUCAGUUAGGACGUGCCGCGCGCGCAAAUCUCAUCAGUUUUAUUGCCUGCUCGAUUAUAUAGAAAAAAUACGAAAAUCUGCAUUAAAAAUAUUAAUCCUGCAUGCUGGACAUGUAUGGUAAUAAUUUCUAUUUUGUACCAUUUUCUUGUUUAACUUUAGCAUGUUGUUGAUCAUGGAUCAUAAUCCCCUUGUUUCUUUGGGUGAGAAGGGAUCGCAGUUCCCAAACUCCAGCGGCUGCAGUGCCGGGUUUCAGUCGGCUUUUGGCUUGUAAAUACCCGCCCCGCCAAACCGCUUAGAAAACGUGGCAACAAGCUGAGUGUCUUUGUUUGGGUUUAUUAUUAUGGCAUUUUUUGUUUGUAAGUAAAAAAAAAAAAAAAAGAAGAAGAAGAAGAAAAGAAAGAAAAAGAAGAAAAGGAAAAAAAAGAAAAGAAAAAAGUUACGGGCAUUUUGCAUCAGAAAACAACUUUGUCUUGGGGCACCUUCGGAGGUUGCAUGUUUUCCUCUCUUCUCCUAUCCCCAUUUGGUCCUCUUUUCCCUCCAGCUUUAGUUUUCUAUGUUGUUGGUGUCCAGAGAGGACCGUUGCAGUCCCAAAUCCCCAGUACAAGGGCAGGGGAGGGCAGCUGCAGAGUUUGGCACCUUGGAGGCCCUGGUGUGCACUCCCUCCAGGCCUUGUCUUAUGGCUAAAUUGACACCUCUAACAAGAAGAAAGGAAAAUAUAUCUUUUUUGUUUUUUAUUGUAACCAGAAUCACCCAGGGUCUCUUUGAAACCUCCCAGGCCUGCUCUCAGGGUAACUGGCAGAGCCACCCCUGACACUGGCCAAUGGUGACUAGAGCUUGCAUAAACCAACCUCCAUGCUCAGAAUGUCCCAGAAACCCAAACAUUGGCAAGUAAUUUUGCAACUUUCAAGUGUGUUCUUUAGAUCAAUGCAUUGUGUUUCUUUCUUUGCUUUUGAGAUGAUGGAAAGAGUAAUUGGUGGUCUCCCCCCUCAUCCUUCAGUUGUAUAAUAGUUAUAGGGAAGAUCUGGGUGUUUUCCUUUAUUAUUACUUUUUAUUUCCUGCAGGUCAGUAAAAGGAUUUAAGUUGCACUGACAAAAAUACCAAAAUAAAAGCGUCUUUUUUAGUUCCCAUUUGAAAUUGCUGGCGCUGCUGGCCAGAUGCAUUUUUGAGUUUGUAUUAGUUGAUAAAUUAACAGUAAUAACAAGAUUGUAUGAACCGCAUGGUGCUUGCAGUUUUAAAUAUUGUGGAUAUUUGUCCUGCAUCAGAAACGAGCUUCGGUUUUUACGGAUUCAACUGUGUUGAAAUCAAACUUGCUGCAACAGAAAUUGUUUUUAUUUCAUGUAAAAUAAGGGAUCAAUUUCAAACCCUGCUUAUGAUAUGAAAAUAUUAAAACCUAGUCUAUUGUAGUUUUAUUCAGACUGGUUUCUGUUUUUUGGUUAUUAAAAUGGUUUCCUAUUUUGCUUAUUAAAA